AUGCCUAUUUCUCUGCUUCGGGUAGUACAAUAUGAUGAAAACAAAGAAAUGGUUCCAACCGUGGCAGAUGUCACGUACUCCCAAAUGCAUUUUGGAACGUUCUAUCAUCUCACAUGUCCAAACACUGGACGCCAAUGGCUUUUGAAAAUGACACUGAGUUUCCAUGGCUUUAUGUACUUCUACGAUGGUUCCUUGAAGACAGAUCCGCUAAUCUUGUUUUCUCAAUUUUGUGACGACUCUAACUCGAGGUACACAAUUCAGCUACCUUGCAAGUUGCAAGGGAAAGACACCUAUUCAUAUAGGGUUUGUCUUCCGGGACGAGAAGGAUUGAGGCAGCUGUUUCGAUAUGGAAUUUCAAUUCGAAAAGCACUUUUUGGAAAUAAAUUUCAAUGGAGAAGGAAACAAAUGGAGGAAAAUUCAGAAAAGCUUGACUCUGAGUCAUCUUGGGAACUUAUCCGAAUGUCAAAGAAGAAGAUGUUUCGGAAACUGACAACAAACGUCGAUGAAGUCGUGGCAACCUGGAAGUCCAAAAAUGGCUAUGGACACUUCGAGCUCCGUGGGUCGGGCCUCCGUGGGGAAUUGGGUGGUUUCUUUCCAUUUCUGGCAUUGGCCACGGCCCUCACUCUAGAAUUCGAGACCUACACGCGAUAUGUUGGUAUGGGAAGGAGCAAUAGUGGUGGCUACAGCGGUAAAAUUCGAGAAAGCGGUAUACUUGCAAGUUCCUUCGGACUUGUUGGAGGUUAUGUGCUCUCCGAUGGACAUACUGUGGGAGGUUAUGUUGGAGACUGCUCAGGUAGUUGUGGAUGUGAAGAUUGCGAUGGAAGCUGUGGUGAUAAUGGAGGAUACGGAGACGGCUUACUUAGUGGAGAUGGGGGCUACAGUGGAGGACACCAUGGAGGGCAUCAUGGUGAUGGAGGUUAUGAUGGCGGAGGUGGGGGUGAUAGUGGAGGUGGAGGAGACGGUGGUGGUGGAGGAGAUGGUGGUGGAGGUUAA